CAAAUAGCCUUACUCUUCCACAUGGCUCACCAUCCGCCUUACCAGCUAUCUCCAGCAGUAAAGGAGCUGAUCUUAUGGUCUUAAAAGUAGCAUCUGUACUUUCGACCUCUUAUUCAGAUAAUGAUUUUCGCGACGCAAUUUUCCUGGCCGAUGAGCGACUCUCAAGAGGCAGUGCUAAAACUAGGCGCCUUCUCCGACUAGAGCUCCUACGAGAAGCAAUCGAUUGCAAUGGCGAAAUUAUCGAGGAAAUGGGUAGUGUUGUAGAGCGCUUAAAACUCAUCCGGGGCCUUGUCGAAAAAGUGAAUUCUCGCAUCGAAGCUAUCAAACGACAAAUCGACUUGGCACAUGCUCAGACCUCACCUGCUCUGCGAGAUAUGUCAUCUCUCUUUGAACAACACAAGGAAAUCGAGAGGAAGCAAGAAACUCUCAGCGCCGUCGAGAGCUACUUUGUACUGACAGAAGACGAAAUCGAUUUGCUGACGUCAACGUUGAAACCGGUUGACGAUGCAUUCUUCACCUGCCUCCAGAAAGCGAAAAAGAUCACCCUUGGUUGCGACAUACUCCUGGGAUUUGAAAACCAAACUCUUGGCUUGGAGUUGAUCGAUCGAACAUCCGGGCAUGUAAAUUUAGCUUUCCAAAAGCUCUACAAAUGGGUUCAGCAAGAGUUUAGGACGCUGAAUCUAGAAAAUCCCCAUGUGAAUCCAUCCAUGCGGCAAGCGUUAAGAGUGCUUGCUGAACGACCUUCUCUAUUUCAAAAUUGCCUUGACUUUUUUGCGGCAUCUAGAGAACGAUUUUUAUCUGAGGCUUUUCACUGUGCUCUCACAGGCAUUACGCCCCAGGGCACAGAAGAUACUUCUACCAGGCCAAUUGAUUUAACGGCACAUGAUCCGCUCCGCUAUGUCGGUGAUAUGUUUGCUUGGGUUCAUUCUGCAACAGUGGGUGAGCGAGAAGCGCUCGAAACUUUAUUCACUCUAAAAAAGGAUGAUGCGCUGAAUCCAUCAAUGCCGAGCUUCAACGAAAAGCCUUGGCACUUCCCUUCAGAUGAGGUCUCUGUCGAUACUGAUUCUAAGGUUCUUGAAGCACUUAAUCAAUUAAUGGAUCGCAAUUUCUCGCCGGUUGUUCGAAUACUGCGCCAGCGAGUUGAGCAAGCAGUUCAGUCAAACGAAGAUGUAAUCCCUGCCUAUAAAAUUUCUACGCUUCUCAGUUUCUACCGAGCUACAUUUGAGAAGCUUCUAGGCGCGGGUUCCGGUCUAGAAGAAUGUACGGGAGCUUUAGAGAAAGUAGCCAAGCGACAAUUUCGAUCACUUGUGAGAGAUAAUAUUUUAUCUAUUCAAGGUGAAUUUCAACAAGUUCCUCCCAACCUAGAGCCCCCGCGAUUCCUCCAAGAUGCUUUCCAACAGCUCGGCAUCAUUCUCCAGACUUAUGAAUCUUCUUUGUCUGUGUCCGCAGACCCUGGAAGUGAGGUUCAAAGUAUAUUGUCACAAGCGUUUGAACCAUAUAUGUCGGGCUGCGAAGAGAUUGCGAAGCCGAUGACGUACCCUGAGAGUGGGAUAUUCCUCGUCAAUUGCAAACUCACGGCAGCUCUUUGCCUAGAAACCUACGAAUGCACGACCUUCAGAGCAAAUGAAAUUCGAGACAGCAUAUCACAGGAUGUUGUUAAGUUGGUUAAUGACCAACAUGCUGUAUUUCGCCAGAAAUCAGGUUUGGAUAUGCUUCUAAAUAGCCUAGAAGAUGCCGCACUUGCUUCAGUAGCACCGUCUUCUGUUAUCCAAGCUAGCCAGGAGUUGGACGACUUCCUCCCGUCCGCAUUGAUGGAUGCGAUGGAUAGGCUAAAGGGGCUCCAGGACUCAGGGAUCGCUCGAGAGAUUGUAGAACAAGCUGCUGAAAGAUUCUGUGGCGACUUUGAGAGAUUGGAGGAGGCUGUUGCAAGUCAAUUCGACGAUGAAACAGACAAUGAAGCGGCUAUGCGAUUUUCAAGGACAUCGGCUGAAAUCCGUGUUCUCUUGUCUUGAUACGCAACACUCACGGAUACAAAGUAUUCUCAUUGUAUUGUAGCCAUGGUUUUUUUUAUUACAUGGGUUAAGAUUAGCAUGCGCACACUUGAUUAUAUAUUAUCGCAUUGCUCUUAAAAGAUAAUCAACAAUAGCAACGUUCACGAUACCACUGCGCGCAUAAUAGCAUUACAGUCCACUGUACAGCACGUCUUUGAUUGAUCAAAUCUCACAUCUCAUCUCCUUGCUUCAUUAUUGGACCGGAACGCUUCUACACUGUGCCGCACGGAACUGCUCGAGCUGCGCCGCCGUCGCGCCCUCUGUUCCCACGGUUCAGAGGGAUGCAGUCCCGUAGACUUUGCGAACGCAUUGAGGACAUCUGUGAGCGAGACAACUCCAAUCAGCUUACCCGACAGCAGCGCACCAGCCAUCGCAGCCGCUGGAACCGAGAGGACAGGGGCAGCAGAUGGGAUCGCUCCCGGAGCAAUAUCGCUCGUUACAGAGCUCUGUGAUGUUGCCGUUGGCGUGGCGGGUGUUGGCAGAGGUGAUGGUGGCGGUACAGAGUCCACAACCCACAUUCGAUGCGAUCUGGUUGCCACCAGUUUGGCGACGGUAUGAGCCAACGUGGAAUAAGGGCUAACAUAGAAUACGGGAUAGACAUCCUGUCCCUUUUCUACGCCUCUUUCAUUGAGAAUAACAGAAAUGAAGUUCAUGCAAGAGCCACUGAGUAGAUGUGCGCUCGAGGAACUUGUCAAAUGCCGCACGUCCUUGGUUGAAAUAUUCCCCACUACAUUUUGUCCAUUGUCCACAAUGGCUACGCUUGAGAGGCCCUCAUCAUACAUGAGAGAGAGAGCGUCCGUAAGCGGAGCAUCGGCG